AUGGAAUACAACUCGCCCGGCUCGCGCCCGGACCACCUAUGGAUAGCAGCAGAAACAGUCCUUCCAGUGUCCUUCCGUCAUCUCAUUCUGCCCGAGAAGAACUUGCCUCCUACAGAACUGCUAGAUCUACAACCCUUGCCUAUAUCAGCUUUACGUAAUCCAAAAUAUGAAGAGCUGUACGCUGACACUUUUGUGCAGUUCAACCCUGUACAGACGCAGGUGUUCAACGCGGUGUACAACUCCGAUGACAAUGUCUUCAUCGGCGCGCCGUCCGGGUCCGGUAAAUCUGUAAUAGCGGAACUCGCGCUGUUGCGUAUGCUGUCCACCAACAUGUCCGGACGGGCGGUGUACUUGCUGCCAAAGGACGCUCUAGCUGACAUCGUGUUCGCCGAUUGGUACCACAAGUUUGGUACCAAGUUUAAUUUAAAGGUGGUCCAGCUGACAGGUGAAACAGCGACUGACCACAAGCUGUUGAACAAGGGACAAAUCAUCGUCACCACGGCUGAAAAGUGGGACGUACUGUCACGGAGAUGGAAAGUGCGCAAGAGUGUCCAGAGUGUAUCUUUGUUCAUAGUUGAUGCUCUACAACUGUUGGGAGGCGAAGAAGGUCCCGUACUAGAAGUUGUUUGCUCGAGAAUGAGAUACAUUUCGUCGCAGAUUGGCCGUCAAAUUCGCAUAGUGGCACUAUCGUUGCCCCUGGCAGACGCCCGCGACGUAGCCGCGUGGUUGGGCUGCGCCACGACCGCUACAUUCAACUUCCACCCCAGCGUGAGGCCUUUGCCCCUCGAACUACAUAUACAGGGCUUUAACAUCUCGCACGCGGCGUCGCGGCUGGCGGCCAUGACGAAGCCGAUCUACAACGCGGUUCUACGACACAGCGCCAGCAAGCCUUGCGCCGUGUGGGUGGGGUCGCGAAGGCACUCGCGCCUGCUGGCCGCGGACCUUCUGGCGCUGGCCGCCGCUCACGGCCGCCCCGGCCGCUUCCUGCAUGCACGCGCCGACCUCGUGCAGCCCUUCCUCGACAAGAUCCAGGACAAGAUGCUGAAAGAAACAUUGGCGGCGGGUGUGGCAUAUCUUCAUGAGGGCGUAGAGCCUGGCGACAGACGAGUGGUGCAGCAGCUGCUGGAGUCGGGUGCCGCGCAGCUGUGCGUGAUGGCCGCGGAGCUGGCCUGGGCCACCACCGCGCACGUCCACACCGUCAUCAUCGCGGACACUUGCACAUACAACGGCAAGCUGCACUCGUACGAGCAGUACCCCAUAACGACGGUGCUGCAGAUGGUCGGCCGCGCCUGUCGGCCCACUGAAGACGAGCACUCUGUCGCCGUGCUCAUGUGUGCCGCACAUCACAAGACUUUCUUCGCCAAACUGCUCAACGACUGCCUGCCAUUGGAGAGCCACUUGGAUCACCGUCUGCACGACCACAUAAAUGCUGAAAUCGUGACGAAAACAAUCGAGAACAAGCAGGAUGCAGUCGACUACCUAACAUGGACAUUCCUCUACCGACGUCUCACGCAGAACCCUAACUAUUAUAACCUGCAGGGAGUGACUCAUAGGCACCUGUCGGAUCAUCUAUCCGAGCUGGUGGAAUCCACACUUGCAGACCUAGAGCAGUCCAAGUGCAUCGCAGUGGAAGACGAAAUGGACGUCCAGCCACUCAACUUGGGCAUGAUCGCCUCCUACUACUACAUCAACUACACUACCAUCGUGGGACGGCAUUCCAAAUCUGACCGCGAUCCAAGCAAGAACAAGAAGCUCAGGAAGAAUUCUCAACCAGGCACGUUCUCUACAGUCCUAAAUAAUCCUCAUUCAAGUGUAGGUCGUCGAAGGGGCCCACAACAGCCUUAG